UCAAAUCCGUUAUCAUCGUGCCCAUCAAGUGCUGGGAGUCAGCGAUACUGAUUACAGCGGGUUUGAUAUCCCUUCUGGCUAUUUUUUUUCCCCCUGACCAGCUUGGGGUGGUUCGAGCCGAUUCCUUUCCCCCGCUGGCAACAGCGGUGAGUGGGUGCCGGUUGCCUCGCUCCGGUUUUGCCGGCUAUAAAGCCGGCGACCCCUUCUUUGCCCCAUCCCUCGCCCGGCAGGCACCGCCAGCAGGGACAAUGGCCGAGCUGCCUGUCCCCGAGCUGCCGGCCACCCUGUCCCGCUGCAGCGGCCGCUUCACCAUCAGCACCCUGCUGGGUGCCGAGGAGGGCUGCCAGGGGCCUUACGCCCCUGCCGAGGGGCCCGGCUGCGACAGCGCCCACCCCACCCAGCUCUCCGGCAGCACCCUCUGCACCAGGACCUUCGGCUACAACACGGUGGACGUGGUGCCCGCCUAUGAGCACUACGCCAACAGCGAGGGGGACGCUGGCAAGGGCAGGCCCUCGCUGGCCGACCUGCACUCCAUCCUCAAGCCCGACCCAGGCCACCUCUGCGCCCCCGCAUCCGACCCGCAGCGGAGCAAUGGCCUGCCAGAGGUCAGCUCGGAAGAGGCGGAGGGGGAGCCAGGCAAAGGCCCUGUGCCAGAGCCUGUCCGCUUCGGAUGGGUGAAGGGAGUGAUGAUUCGCUGCAUGCUGAACAUCUGGGGAGUCAUCCUCUACCUGCGCCUGCCCUGGAUCACUGCCCAGGCCGGAAUCGCCCUGACGUGGCUCAUCAUCCUGAUGUCUGUGACAGUGACCACCAUCACUGGUUUGUCCAUCUCUGCCAUAUCUACCAACGGCAAAGUGAAGUCAGGGGGCACCUAUUUCCUCAUCUCGCGGAGCCUGGGCCCGGAGCUGGGCGGCUCCAUUGGGCUGAUCUUCGCCUUCGCAAAUGCUGUGGCCGUGGCCAUGCACACAGUGGGCUUCGCCGAAACUGUGCGGGAUCUGCUGCAGGAGCACAACUCCCUCAUCGUGGACCCCACCAAUGACAUCCGCAUCAUUGGGGUUGUCACUGUGACAGUGCUGCUGGGCAUCUCCCUGGCUGGCAUGGAGUGGGAGGCCAAGGCACAGAUACUGUUUUUCCUGGUCAUCUUGGUUUCCUUCAUCAAUUACCUGGUGGGAACAGUGAUCCCGGCCACCGCAGAGAAGCAAUCAAAGGGUUUCUUCAGCUACCGAGCCGAUAUCUUUGCCCAGAACUUCGUGCCCAACUGGCGCGGACCUGAGGGCUCCUUCUUUGGGUUGUUCUCCAUUUUCUUCCCAUCAGCAACUGGCAUCCUGGCUGGGGCCAACAUUUCAGGUGACUUGAAGGAUCCUGCCGUGGCCAUCCCCAAGGGCACCCUGAUGGCCAUCUUCUGGACCACCAUGUCUUACCUGGUGCUUUCCGCUACGAUUGGCUCCUGCGUGGUCCGGGAUGCCUCGGGCAGCCUGAACGACAGCGUGGCGCUGGGAUCACCGGGCUGUGAGGGACUGGCCUGCGCUUUUGGCUGGAACUUCACCGCCUGCACCCAGGAGCAGAGCUGCCGCUACGGGCUCAGCAACUACUACCAGAGCAUGAGCAUGGUGUCCGGAUUCGGCCCCCUCAUCACAGCAGGGAUCUUUGGAGCUACCCUCUCCUCGGCACUGGCCUGCCUGGUCUCAGCCCCCAAAGUCUUCCAGUGUCUCUGCAAGGACCAGCUCUACCCUCUCAUAGGCUUCUUCGGGAAGGGCUAUGGGAGGAACAGCGAGCCCAUCCGCGGCUACGUACUCACCUACGUCAUUGCUGUUGGUUUCAUCCUCAUCGCGGAGCUCAACGCCAUCGCCCCCAUCAUCUCAAACUUCUUCCUCUGCUCCUACGCCCUCAUCAACUUCAGCUGCUUCCAUGCCUCCAUCACCAAUUCCCCAGGUGGGCUGUGCCACACCAGGCUGUGCCGAGCAGGCAGCUCUCCGUCCGGCUCCCCGUCCUGGCAGCAGCUGCUCUGUGUGUUUGCGUGCAGGCUGGCGACCCUCCUUUCGGUAUUACAGCAAGUGGGCUGCGCUCUUUGGGGCUGCCAUCUCGGUGGUGAUCAUGUUCCUGCUGACCUGGUGGGCAGCUCUCAUUGCCUUUGGCAUCGUCAUCUUCCUCCUAGGAUACGUCCUCUACAAGAAGCCAGGUGCAUGGUGGUAAUCUGGCACUGGCAAUGCCCCAGGAGGUGUCUGGCUCCAUUACUAAUCCAUCUUCCCCACGUAGACGUCAACUGGGGCUCCUCCAUGCAAGCCAGCUCGUACAACAUGGCCCUCAGCUACUCGGUGGGGCUGAGCGAAGUGGAUGAGCACAUCAAGAACUACAGACCACAGUGCCUGGUGCUGACUGGCCCUCCCAAUUUCCGCCCGGCCCUGGUGGACUUCGUAGGCACAUUCACCAAGAACCUCAGCCUGAUGCUCUGUGGCAACGUGCUGAUUGGACCACGGAAGCAGAAGAUGCCGGAGUCCUGCCUGACAGCAGAUGGCCACACCAAGUGGCUUCUGAAAAGGAAGAUCAAGGCUUUCUACACGGAUGUGGUGGCGGAGGAUCUGAGAAGUGGUGUCCAAAUGUUAAUCCAGGCUGCCGGCCUUGGGAAGAUGAGACCCAACAUCCUGGUGCUGGGCUACAAGAGGAACUGGCGAACAGCGUCCCCACAGAGCCUGGAGGACUACGUGGGCAUCCUGCAUGACGCAUUCGAUUUCAAGUAUGGCGUGUGCUUAAUGAGAAUGAAGGAAGGGCUGAACGUCUCCCGGGUGAUGCAGGCUCACGUUAACCCCCUGUUUGAGGCAGCGGAGCUCCCAGGGAACGGCACUGGCACCAGAGCAGCCCUGGGCACAGCAGACUCUGCCACCUUGACCAGUGUGCAGCAGGCCAGCACCGUCUUCCAGAGUGAGCAGGGCAAGAAGACCAUUGACAUUUAUUGGCUCUUUGAUGAUGGAGGUCUCACGCUGCUCAUCCCGUACCUCCUGGGGCGCAAGAAGCGGUGGGGAAAGUGCAAAAUUCGGGUGUUCGUCGGCGGGCAGAUCAACAGGAUGGACGAGGAGAGGAAGGCGAUCGUCUCUCUGCUAAGCAAGUUCCGCCUCGGCUUCCAUGAGGUUCACAUCCUCCCCGACAUCAACCAGAAACCCCGGCCGGAGCACAUCAAGAGGUUCAAUGACCUGAUCGCUCCCUUCAGGCUGAACGAUGGCUUUAAGGAUGAGGCCAUGGUGCAUGAGAUGAAGCAGGGCUGUCCCUGGAAGAUUUCUGACGAGGAGUUUGAUAUAAACAGAGCCAAGUCGCUCCGACAAGUGAGGCUGAACGAGAUCUUGCUGGAUUACUCGCGGGACGCGGCGCUCAUAGCCAUCACCGGGCUGAUGGAGGGGCUAAGGAUGAAGCUCAGCUCGACAGGGUGGAGGGAAGUGUCCGUGCCUCACCCGGCCCCUUGCUGCCGCUGCAGCACACUGCCCAUUGGCAGGAAGGGUCGCUGCCCCAGCUCCCUCUACAUGGCCUGGCUUGAGACCCUCUCACAGGACCUGCGGCCCCCCGUCAUCCUCACCCGGGGAAACCAAGAGAACGUGCUGACGUUUUACUGCCAAUAAAGCCUCCAGGAUCUCUGACGACUCAGGCUGUGAAUGUUUCAGGCCAGUUUUGAUCUCAGAGCAGACUGGACUCACCUGGGGGAUCAGUGAAGAUGUGCGGUCACCAGCUCUCAGGCGGUGCCAACUGCAUGCAGCU